ACGCGCGUACACAGCGAGAGAGAUGGAGGUGGGUUCACUGCCAAAUCACGUUCUUCUGCAUUCCUCUCGGCGGUUGAUGAUGGCAGCCGAGAGGGAGAGGGAGGAGCGGGGGUAGGGCCACGUGUAACGCGAAGCACACGGCGGGGCAGAGUCGGGGGUCUGGGGGCAAUUCCGUGUCGUGUUUACCACCCACGUCAGCGACCCAGGUAAACUUUAUGACAAGUGCAGCGAUGGAGGAGGAGGAACGAGUUUGGGGACAUGCCCCAUGAGAUAGAAAAAAAUUCCCAGAUAAAUAAAUAAAUACGGCGAGCAAAAAGGGAGCAGAUAUAUAAGGAGGCCGGCUGAGCAUGGGUGCUACAAACGAGGAGAGUCGAACUGUGCAGGACCACAUCGCUGGAGAACAGCUACGCCAGGAACACAAACAACGCCUAGCACAAUGAAGCUCAACUCUGCGACGCUGUCCCUGGGGUUGCCGCUGCUGCUGGUGCUGCUGCUCGUCGCCGGCGACCUCCCGCAGGCAUCCGCGGCUCGGAAAGGGAGGCAGCGGGACGGCAAGCGCGGCGGUGCCAGGGAGCGGCAGCAGCAGCAGCAGCAGCAGUGCCUGGAGGAGAACUCGCCGCUCGUCCUCAAGAUGAUGAAGGACCUGACGGAGGGCGGCACCGGCGCGCAACGCCGCUCGGGGCGGCACGCUGGCCACGGAGGUCACCACCUCGACCCCGUGGCCAUCGCCAACGAGCUCGACCGCCUGGGGAGCACCACGUCGCGGCGCCACGCUCGACACAGCGGCGGCCCGGCGCAGGGCUGCCCCGUCUUCAACCGGGGGGCGCCGGCUCACCGCGACGCGAGCGGGCGCGCCGAGGACGUCUCCAGCCGCUCCAUCUCGCCGUGGUCGUACAGGAUCGUGGAGAACCCGGACCUGCUGCCGUCACGCUACGCCGAGGCCCAUUGCCUCUGCGACGGGUGCCUGGACCCGCGGAGCGGCCUCGAGACGACCGAGGUCAACUCGCACCUCGUGGAGCAGACGGUGCGCUUCCUGCGCCGCUCGCCGUGCCCGCAACGGCCCGGCACGUACACCUACGCGCACGUGUACCUGCGCGUGCCCGUGGCCUGCGUGUGCGUGCGGCCCGCCUACUGGGGCUAGUGGGCGGCUUGCCGCGCCCCGCUCGGCGACGGGCGGGGCACGGACCCGGGCGGGGAUCGGGACGAGCGCUGUGAACGGGGUGAAGUGAAUCGGCGACAGGACAAACGACGAAUUAUGUCGAUGCGGGAGGUAGCCGAGGGGCGGCCGAAUUUGGGGCUUACUCGCCCCAAGAAUCUUCUCUUUAGAUCCAGAAAUCAUGUCUGAGCAUGGAUCAAGCUUUGUUUCGUCAAAAAAAUCGGCCGAUUCCCGUUUAAUCGAGUAUUGCAUCGUUGAAUAAUGAGGAAUAUGCCGAUAACGUAUCGGCAUAUUCCUCAUUUGGGCCCGAAACAUUGACGUAAUUUACCACUAAUUCUGUCCGCGUAUUCAUUUCGGCCUGCUACAGCGCGUCAACGUCACAGCGGCGGCGGUGGCACCGCGUUACCGACGUCGCACGCCGUCACCCCGAGCCGCCAUUUGGUCGACGCCGGCUCCCGCAGAGGCAAAGCGUGCCAGCUGUCGCGUCACGUCGCAGCUCGGCACGGCACGGCACGGCGGGAAAAGCCACCGGGGGUUGCUGGCUUGGCUCGGUUAAUGCGCCACUAAUUUAAUAAUGUAAGAGAUUCAUAACGUAUUCGUUUCCUCCGGCAGUUGGAUUGGCACGAGGCGCUCGUUAUUUGACAGCGUGUGCACCGAAAUCUACUUGAAAUUCCACGGCCGCGUUGCGGCAAAAGCGCUCGGUGCUAAAGUGCGGCUCCGCCGCUCACGUUGCUCUGCUGCCCGCUUCACCCUCGCACCACCUGCGCGUUGGCUGCGACCAAACACAAUGGCCGGCUUAGCUACCUGCCAGCGAUGGCCGCGACUGUGGCCCUCCGUGGCGGGGCGCGUCGAUUAACUGUCCGACGCGCGAACUCGCGCGCUUAUUUAUUGCCACGGUGUUAUUUAACGUCCGCGUAUGUCGUCGAUGUAUUUAUUGACCUAUUUAUUUUAUUUAUAUGCCCGUGGUAAAAAGGAGACGGUUGCGGUAAAUUAUUUGACGGUGAUUCUGCGCGCGCGUUAAUUUAUGUAUUUUAUUUAUAUAUGUUAUAUCGAUCGAUUUGACUAAGUGGGGGGGGGAAAUCGGCGUGCGUACUGCACAGGGGGAAACGCAUGGAGACUCAACAACGCAAAUAGCUCUUGGCUGCCAGGUCGACUUUGGCCUCGUUGGUUAUCAGCAGCAAAGCUCCCUCCCUCCCUCGGCUUAAAUGUCGAACCUUGCUUGGGAGUGCAGAGAUGGUAGUGCCGGCGUGGGUACAAAGAGCAGAAAAAAACGAGUUCGGUCAAAGGCCACCAACGACUUCGAAUCGCAGACCACUAAAACAGAAAUUGAACUUUGUAUUUAAUUUUACCAGGUAUGGCCCGCUACUGAGCCAUAUGGUUCUUUUUCAGAAGAGACCUGGCCACAGAUGAUAGCUCAAUGAAGUGGGCUUAUCAUCAUCAUCACGUGGACAUCUAUAGCAGCAGAGAUGCUCUAAACGAGUGACGUCGAUUCCAAAUGUGGAGGGAAAAACCGGAGAGGCCCGGAGAACAAUUAACGCGACCGCGGGGAGAGAGGCACUGCAAACUCCAUGGUUGGUGAUCGAACCCACGACCUCAUGCAUACCAGGCGAGGUAGCUAACAUCUCCUGCCCACCGUGGCCACUCACGGUUGUGAGUGGUCAAAUAGAGAGGGGGAGAAAUGCCGCUUAAUCCCCGGUAACAAAAUCGCUGAGUUGGCAGCACUCGCUGAGCGAGCGGGGGUUUGAUUGGGGGUUGCGCGGGGCGUCAAGGCCUCGUGCCAACCACGAGGCUCGCGGUUGCCACGCGGCAACCGGCGAUGGCUCGCGGUUGUCCACGCUCUGGACCGUGGGACGAUGGCCCCACGCUAAGUGGUGAGGGGAGGGAGGGGGGGGGGGCAG